AUGAAGCGUUACGGGAGUAGUAAACCUGCAGUUAUUGCGGGUAUUAUUCGAGGGAACCAUCUCUGUAAUAAUAAUGGUUCUUCUCUCUCACUUCAUGCACAUGGCAGUAGAGAUGGUAUGUGUAGUGUCUCUCAUCGGGUAAGUUGUAUCCGAUUCACUACACAAACUCCAGUACUUCUUCAAUCAUGGGCACAACGAGCGAAUCGUUUGUGGAUGUGUAUUAAAGAAGAUUGUCGACACGUCAAUGCCUCAGGGGCUACACAUUGUGAGACGUGUAAUACUGAAAAACCUAUUCUUAAGGGAUGGUUGUGUACAGAGUGUGAAACACGAAAUCAUAAGGGAGUUAAAAAAUGUCACAAGUGUGGAACUUCUGCAGAUAUGAGUGAAGAUUUCUGGAUGUGUAUUGCAUGCGAAAAAAAUAAUCGUAUUGACGAAAUAGAUGAUAAUAGUCGUUGUGGAUUUUGUGGUUAUGAUAUGGCCCCUAUGUCAAUGACAGAAGCGGAAGCACUUCGUAUUCAAUAUGAACGUUCUCAACGACUUCGUGAAGCACAAGAACAAUUUGAUAAUCUUUCUGCUAAAGAAUCUGAUGAUCAAUUUGGUGAUGAAACAGCUGGUGCUUCCAUGUUGCCAGAUGCCAUUAAAGGGCCACUUACUUCUACUACUAUUCCUGCUUCUAAUGUUAAUGUUAAUGCUAAUCCUUCACAUUCACCAUCGUUGUCAUCGUUACCACGCAAUAUUCCUGAAGUAAAACCAUUUACACCAGCUCCAUUAGAAACAGCUCACUCACGUUUAUACAGAAAAUCACGACGACCUGUUCCUCUUCCUACAGGAAUACCACAAGGACCACCAGGAUUUGAUUGGAUGUGCCGUGAAAGCAAUUGUGGAACUAUUAAUGCUGGAGAUGAAGAGAAUUGUAGCAAGUGUGGUACACAUAUUACACCUAGUGAAUGGGAAUGCUGUCAUUGCGGUGCGGUGAAUCAUUUAACUCGUUCAAGGUGUUUUAACUGUCAAGUGCCUAUUUCUGUAUCGUGGGUUUGCUCCAGUUGUAGGGCAGCGACCAGUAUUUAUGAUCGUACCUGUCGAGAAUGUGGAAUACCACGUCCACCAACAGAACCGAAAGAAGCCCGUGAUGUUCAGCAAACAUGGAAAGCGAAUUCCACUACAACUGGUGGUGGUAGAAGGCGUACAAUGCGUAGAGAAGAUUGGAAUUGUCCAGAAUGUCAAGGAUUGAACUUUGCAUCACGAACUGCAUGUUAUCAAUGUGGAGCUCCAAAGUCUACAAGUGAAGAAUCUGUUUCUAGUGUAAAUACAGAGGCUGUUCCAGAUCCUGCGCUUAGUCAUAAUAAUUGGUUCUGUCGAUAUUGUCAAGCGAGUAACUUUCGUACACGUACGAGUUGUUGGCAAUGUGGUCGUGCUUCCGCAGAGUCUGGGGCAACAUCAUGGUCUAAUGAUGAGUCUACACCACAGUUUGAGCGGGAGGGAUUUCAGCAAGAUGUGGAUGGUAGCUCAGUAGCAGAAGGACAAAUGAAUGUGUGGAAUAAGAAGAGUGAUGAUUGGACCUGUGGAAAAUGUUUUUCAAAGAACUUUAAAAAUCGACAGGAGUGUCACAAGUGUGGGGCUACAAAAACUGUGGCAGUGGCCCCAAGACGUGCGUUUGUACGUAAACCGGUCAAAAUUUAG